CUCCACACACUCCACAUCCACCGCAGAUUUGCAGAGCUCCCCCCCCCCGCACAAUGGAGGCCGCCGCCGUUCCCGACGUAGCUGUUGUAGUAGAUGAUGUCCAGGAUAAGAGCCGCAGCGAGGUCAUGCUCUUCAACCGCUGGUCCUACGACGGAGUUGAGGUUAGUGACAUUUCUGUUGAGGAUUACAUCACUGCAACGGCUUCGAAGCGCCCUAUCUACAUGCCCCACACUGCUGGUAGGUACCAAGCCAAGCGAUUCAGGAAGGCUCAGUGCCCAAUUGUUGAAAGGCUGACCAACUCCCUCAUGAUGCACGGGAGAAACAAUGGCAAGAAGUUGAUGGCUGUCCGCAUCAUCAAGCAUGCUAUGGAGAUCAUCCACCUGCUAACUGACCAGAACCCAAUCCAAGUCAUUGUUGAUGCUGUCAUCAACAGUGGACCAAGAGAAGAUGCCACCAGGAUUGGUUCAGCUGGUGUUGUGAGGCGUCAAGCUGUUGAUAUCUCACCUCUUCGCCGUGUUAACCAGGCUAUAUACCUCCUGACAACCGGUGCCAGAGAGAGUUCCUUCAGGAACGUCAAGACCAUUGCUGAAUGCCUUGCUGAUGAACUCAUCAACGCAGCAAAAGGGUCAUCUAACAGCUAUGCCAUCAAGAAGAAGGAUGAAAUCGAGAGGGUGGCCAAGGCCAAUCGUUAAGAACAGUUUUGUUUUGGUUUCGGUUUCUCUCUUUUUAGGACGUUUGAACAUUAUGGGAUUUUGAUCUUCGACUUCCCUAUUAUCAGUACUUCGUACUCUUUUUGUUAAGACCAUCCAAAGUUGUUGAAAACCAUUGAGUUAUUUUGGUUAUGUUUUAUAUAGAACGUCUCAGUUUUACUAUUGGUAUGUAUCAUGAAUCUGUUGAUCAAUUGCAGUCGGAUUUUAAUGUUGA